CACAACAUCCAAGCAUGGCUGACGCCAUCUGGGAGUCUUACCGGCCCGAACUGGAGCGUCUCUAUAUCCAUGAAGGCCAGAAAUUAAGCGAAGUCAGGGAGUAUAUGCGAACUAAGUACGGGUUCGAUGAAAGAAAGUCACAGUACGAAAAAUACUUCAAGCGAUGGGGCCUGCGAAAAAAUCAUUCUCUGACCUCAGCGGAGGGCAAGUUCAUCGGGCGGCGAAUCGACAAGAGAAAGAGGGAACACCAGAAAGAGAGCGAAGUGUAUGUCGACGGGGUUCAAUACCCUCCCAGCAAGCUGAAAAAGUCUCGAUACAAUAAGACCUUUGUUUCGACGGUGGAUAACCUUCCAAAUGCUCCUUCUCCCAGUACUCCAGAAGGAAUUGUUGUCUGUACUCCUGCAACGCCGGGUAUGCGGCUGAUUUGGAAUCACUCCCUUCCAUGGUCGCAAUUUGCCAAGCUGCUCAAGCCUGGACGAGACGAUAAUCUGCCGUCGCUACCGUCCGCCCUGACUGUGACAUCGCCACAAUCCCCUGGUGCUUUGAUAAACAACAUCAAUCGAGACUUGAUGCAACGACUAGGCUCGAUAAUUCCUUGGAAGACGCUGUCCCAUCCACCAAAUAUCAAUAGCUUUUCCCGUAUAGUGACUGGACUUAGUAUUUUGAUGCCGGAAGAGUUCAAUGGCCAGCAUCGUACCCUCGCCACAAGGCUGUGCAACACUCCACGAACGACAACAGAGAGUCUUAACUUAGAACUAUUCUUGUUGUCUAACAACUUCGUCUCCCACGGUCCAACUGGCAAAUCCAAAAGAACUAUGGCUGCCCAUGACCAGAAUGUGAUGAAAUUGUUCCACGCGUCUGGCUGGAAGAAUAAAAAGCACAUUGAGAUCUUGUUAUCAACUCGAGAGCCCACCGCAGAGGCCAUAGCAGAGAAACUGUUUGCCAGUGCACUGCGACUCUUGGAUCUGGACACUGUGAAAAUGAUGUUGGAGGCUGGAAUGGACCCGGAUAGUCGGGUCGACACAUUUGACGACGGUCCUCUUACAUGUUUACAACUUGCUGCUCAUAUGACGAACAGUGAUUAUGGCAUUGAGACCGUCGAACUUUUUGUGUCUCACGGGGCCGAUAUCAACUUAUCUUACAACGACUGUCCUCCCCUUUAUUAUGCACUUCAAUGCAAGAAUUCUGAGACAACCAGGCUAUUACUGUCCCAUAAUGCAAUUGUCACGCCAUCAUGUCUCGCAACUGCCGCAGAGAUGGGCGAUUUGAGCCUCUUCAUCGAGAUAGUAGAUCGAGUUACCGACGUGAAUGCACGAAGCGGAUGGCAGGAUCCUAGUCCCUUGGCGCGGGCAGUGGCGUGUGGCAAUCUUACGACGGUCAAACUCCUUCUUUCUAGAGGGGCAGAUAUAAAUGCAUUGUUGAGUAUUGAUUUCGACCAAGACUUUGGUGUGACCACAGUCCUAGGGCUUGCAGCCCGAAGAAAGAAUUUGCAGGUUAUUCAGGUAAUGCUCCAGUCUUGUGUCUACGUCGAUCCCAGACUAGAUGGGCUGCCUUAUGUUUCACCUCUUACCCUAGCUAUUGAGGCUGGUGAUAUAGAAAUAGCCCGGUUAUUACUUCGAGCGGGUGUUGGCAUCCAAACUGCAUCUGAGGGCUGGGGGCUAUCACCCCUUGAACGUGCUAUCAAGAGGAAAGACGCGGAGAUGAGCAGAUUUCUGAUAGAGUGUGACGCUCAGACACACAUGCCCUAUUCAGAUAAACAGCAGAACUCUUCAGCUCUCCUCCUUGCCGUCCAGAACGGUUAUAGCGACAUUGUUUAUAAGCUAGUCCAAGCAGGUGCACCGUUAAAUGAAGUCUACAGUGAUGCGCCUGGAACAGUGCUUGCAGCAGCCAUUGAAAAGGGAGAUCUAAUGCUUAUUCGCAUGCUGGAGUCCGCCGGGGCUACAUUAAUUGGGCCAAAGCUCCGAGGAAUCGGAAACUUGCAACUCGCAGUGUAUCUACAAGAAAGGGGUGUACUGAACGAUAUCCUCGAAGUAUGUGGAGGGAGAAUUCUGGCCCGUGCAAUCUCCGCUAAAAAGCCUGAACUGGCGCAGUGGCUACUUGCAUAUCGUAUUAAUUUCGACGGACAUCCCACUAUGCUUGAUUCUUCCGGACUUUCAGAAACGCCGUUGCAAGCCGCAAUUGAAGCAGGAUCACUUUCCUUCGUGGAGAGCAUCAUGGCACGUGGCGCCAAAGUGACCGACCGUGACCUUGCUACAGCGGUGGGUCUUGGUGACUUUGAUCUGCUGAGUCGCCUUUUGGCCGGUUUCCUUGGGAGAGCUCCCACCGCGAUCGGAUGUGCGAUCGUAACGGGCAAAAAAGAGGCUAUAGAACUGAUACUCAAUGCAGGCAUCGAACCAACAGGAACACCGCAAGCCUUCUACGACAAUUGGUACGAAGACGCUGAUCUCGACUUUUUACCCGAGGACCCGCAAUCAGUCCUUGAAUUGGCGACACAGGUGGAUGAUAGAUCAUCUCUUCAAAUUCUUCUCCAAUAUUGUAUCUGGGACAAACGGACUAUCGGCCGUGCAUUGACUAUGGCUGUUAUUUGUCAACGCACUGGGCUAAUAGAUGAUAUCCUGCAGCAGGUGGAGGACAUGAAUCAAGAGUUUAAAAUUUACUACCACGACACGGUGAAUGAGGAUGAUGAGGAAAUACCAGGAUGGUGUGAGAUUCUCACACCUCUACAGGCUGCAGUCAAGAACCAGUUGGUAUCAAUAGUUCAAUGUUUAGUCAAAAACCCGCAAACCAAUAUUGACUACCUAGGGGAGGGCGCGGGUAGACGCACGGCGCUACAACAUGCGGUCAACAACGGAAACAUGGACCUAAUCAACUUCCUCCUUGACCACGGAGCCAAUGUCAACAGUACACCAUCAGAGGAUGGCGGAGCUACCGCGUUGCAAAUUGCUGCCAUUCAAGGCUACCUGGGAAUCGCUCGCAAGCUCAUCGACCUAGACGCAGACGUUAAUGCUGCUCCUGCACGACGCAAUGGCAGAACAGCCUUGGAGGGAGCAGCAGAGCACGGGCGAAUUGACAUACUUCGGCUACUUCUUGACGAAGGAGCAUCGCUGGUAGGCAAUGAUGGUGAACGGCAAUAUCGGCGUGCUGUGGAAUUGGCUGAGAAAAAUGGGCAUAUGGCGGCCGCGAAGCUCUUGAAAUCGUUCAAGGAUCAGGUGGAAGAAAGUGGUCUUUGAAUUAUGUUGAUUAAUUAACUACGAAGGACUUUCCGGUAUUAUGUGUGAUGUAUUGUC